GUUCUUUUUGGACUUGCUAUACACUCACUAGCUUGCCAUAAUGCGGUCCUUCGCAUGGAUACAUGCCGUCUUACACGUCUUCGAUGUCGUUAAUGCAUCUACAAGCGUUGCUUGGUCGAAUGCGACUGGACAGGACCCCGUUUCGAAUGUAACUACACAAGGUCCCGGAUGGGAGGGAGAUUAUUUCGACAACGAAUGUGCCAGAAGUCCCUACUGUCACAUCACGGAUCUUCCAGGUACCUACGAAUGGAGCAACGACUGCCCAAACUUUCCCAGGAUCACCGAACACCUAUGGUUACAAAAUCGACACGAAGACGCAUUCUUCUUGAGAAAGCGCCUCAAGGAGUUCCAACUUAUACAGAGGGCAAGGAAACUUGCGGACGAUGAGAUCACUUUCCCUGCCUUCCUGGCGAAGCGAUACGCUCCCAACCUACCACCCAGUAGCAUGCUCUGUGAUGGCAUGGGCAUGUGUAGAUCUCCAAGCUGCAAGGACAUCGGCGCACAGCACACUCCCGCGGAACAACGCGCAGUCAUGUUGUUCUUCGAGUUCGUCUCAGGUCUCGACCAUUCCUUCCACAUCACCAGCGAAGCUAUCCAGGACCAUUACAGGCACAUUCUCGAAGAUAUUGAUGCCCUCACGAGGUGGUUCACGUAUGCAGACGAACAACAAGACGCCGCAGUCAAGAAGGAUGAGAAGAAGAAGAAGGCACUAGCCGCUAUGGAGUUGGCCUUCGGAAUUAUUACGGCGGUCUUUCAACUAUUUACUACAGCCGCCAACAUGAUGAACUACAGACCCGACGUAAUCACUAAUUGGGUCAAGAGCUUCUCUAGGCUAAACAGACUGGCUUCGAGGUGGCAGCGGAGUUUGGCAUGGACGACCAAAAAGUUGCCAGGAAUUUCGAAAUAUACGGGCAUCAAGAACUUGGCAAGCCGGAGGACGCCGACAGUGAACGCAGAUGGUACGCCCGGGGAACCAUAUGGUUUGCUUAUGCCCAAAUCGAUCGAGAACUUUCAGAAAUUGUGGACCAUCACCAGUGGGGGCUGGCUAGGUUCGCAAGCUUUGACCAAAGAGGUAGUCAAAAAGAUUGACCACAAGAAGGAUUUGAAAGGGUAUGACAAAACCCUGGAAGCCGUGCGUGCAGCACUUGCCGAUAUCGAUACCAACGCAGUCGACGAAGCCCGAGAUGGAAUGCGAAUUCUUGCGUCAGGCUACAAAACUCGCAAUGGCCACGACAUUAUCGAUCUCUUCGCCAAGGAUUUCUUCCACGGCGCCAACGUCCACUUCCGAUCCUAUGUCGACUUUGUGAUUGGAAUGAAGUCUUACGCAACCAUCAUAAGCGCUUUAUGGAAAACGGAAGGCGUUUACGUCGUUGAGAGCUGGGCUAAACCCGGCGGCGACUGUGACCAAGACGACCGUGGACCAGCCGAGAACAAGAUCUGCCUUGAAGAACGCCCUGACAGGUCGUACUGGGUGUACGCAAUGACGAACUACAAGGACAAAAAGACGCGCAGUCCACCCGGAUGGGAGUAUCUCACCAGUGAAGAAGGCUUUCACGGCCUCUUCGCUAGCGACGUGGUCCGAUCUGGUCUUUGGAAAGACGAGGUCUAUUGGCCGCACCGUAAGAAGGAGGAACGUGACCGGAAUUCUACAGAUUCAGCCUCUUGUCCAUCAGUCAACAACGAUAAACUGCAGAACGUGACUGCUCCAGAACCGGUGAAUCUGGAUGGCGAGGUAGAGUAUCUCGAAGAUUAUGGCAACGCUCCUGACGGCUUUGACGUUGCAGUAUGUCGCAGCUGGCUCGGCGAAGCCAUCUCUAGCACCGGCAGCACGGACAACCAGAACGCGCCAUGCCAAUGCGAUCCCAUGAACCCCACAUACGCAGCCUCGUGGGAUGCGCCCACCAACUGGACAAUGGCAGCGACUAAGCAUUUCGUCAAAGACAGCGGCUUGUACAACUUCGACAACUUCGGCAAGAAGUGCCACGACUGUGAAAGGAUGGACACUAGUUGGAAGGCAUUGCUAGAAGUUGAUGACGAGGACAAACCACCGAAGCAUAUGAAGAAGGCCUGGUUUGGCGGCUGUGACUUCAACCAUCACAAAUCGCAUCCGCUGGGACCACCACAGCUUACCCAGCCUGACUCGAACUCGACAAGCUCAUCAUCUGUAUCUCCAGGUUGCGACCCAAUGCAAUCACCAACACCCACCCGAGAGCCCAUCAUGCAAGUUACCACCCAACUCCUCCACGAGGAAACGCGCUAUCCGAAGAACACACCCAAGAACAUAACGUCGCAAGGCGCAUGCAACGGGCCGUACUGUAUCGUGGAUGUCGUUUAUGAGAUCCGAGAGUCACACUUCAACUACACCGUCGACUCCUCUGUCCGAAACGGCGAGCAUGGCUGCUACCCUGAUGACAACAAGUGCGUUGAGCAAUCCGCCCAUGACAUCUGCGAUUUCGUCGAUGAUGAUGAUGACGACAAGGAAGAGGCCAAGGCCAAGGAAGACGCGGAAUGGGAUCGAGAAGAGGUUGGUCCAGAUGACGAUGACUGGGAAGACUUCAUCCAGGAGAAUCCCAAAGGCAACGGCACGAACCCGGGAAACGACCAAGCUCCAGGUAACGGCACCUCUCUAGACAGCCAAGACAAGAAGAAACCCGACAACGAAGCCAUGAAAGCAUUUAAAGCAUGGCUCAAGAUGCACGAAAAACGACUCCCAUGUGUGUGCGGCGGAGAUGGCAAGACGGGCCAACACGGUAUCCAUUGCUUCCAAGGACUAGUCGCCACGAGAAUUACCACGAUCAAGGGUCGCAUGAGUCAGACAGCUAACUCGUUGAGUCCUUUGGCUGGUACCGCGACCGGAGCCGGAGGUGCGGCUGCAGGUGGGACUGGCAAUGUGGUAACCAACACCAUCAUCACGACCGAGUGGGUUGACAGGCGAGAGAUAACUGUGGAGAUGCCGAGUCUGGGUACGCCUACGGAGACGGCGGUGUUUCUGACGGGUAGCUAUGCUUCGAUUGCUACCCACGCAACGAUGGGUAUGAACUAA